AUGAGCUCGAACGUCCGCUGGGAUGGUCGCUAUUGCCGGUUGAAUGGCUUCCUGGAGACCCAGGUGCUCCAGCUACACCGCAACUUCACUGCUUUACAGCAGCACGCGGAUGAGCUUUGUCGAACCAAGUAUGCCAAGCAUGGCAUUGAGCGGCUUUCCUUCCUGGACAUGCUGCAGCUUUCCAAGCAAGAGGACAGCAAUGCUCCUAGCCUGGAAGAGGCGGAGAUGAUGGCUGCCUGGAAUUGCGCGAUGGGAGAUCUCGGCUGCGACAUGGCGAUGUGUGCUUAUUCCUUUUGCAAGCAGGGUGACAGUCACACCGCGCUCUAUGGUGAAUGCCCAGGUUGGACUCCGGUCGAGGGCAUGCCAGACGGCGGGUAG